GUGUCCCUCGGACAUAGCGGAUCACCGAUCAACGGAAAGAGCCGAAGAUGUCGGCUCGGUCAUGUGAUCAGCUGUGUCCAAUCACAGCUGAUCACAUGGGACAUGUACACUGAUCAUCAGAGUAGCCCCAGCAGAGCCACCUGUCUGUCCAUCAGUGCCAGCUUUCAGUGCUCAUCCAUACCACCUGCCAGUACCCAUCAGUGCCACAUUUCAGUGCCUACCAGUGCACAUCAAUGCCACAUAUCAGUGCCCAUCUGAGCUGCCUUUCAGUGUCACCCAUCAGUGCCAGUGCCUCAGUGCCGCCUAUCAGUG